AUGACACGAAUCUUUCUUACGUCCCUUUUAUUAUUCCACUUGUUCCUUGUUCCUUCCAAAGCUGCAGAAGGAUUACAUAACCCACAAUUACCAUUUCGAUUUCCAUUUCCAUUUGGAUUUCCAGGUCGUGUAGAAGAACCACCACAAGAAUAUGAACAGGACAAGACAGAUGAUAAACAAACUAAUCAAUUGAAUCCUAAUCUCAGGGAAGGGUUCUACAGCGACACUUGCCCAAAUGCAGAAAAAAUUGUGGCUGAUGUGCUCGCUAAUACUAUUAAGAAAAAUCCAAACGCAGUUGCUAACCUCAUUCGUCUUCAGUUCCAUGACUGCUUCGUUGUUGGAUGCGACGCAUCGGUCUUGCUAGAUUACUCAAGAGACGGUGGGGACCAAGUUGAGAAAAGCUCAAUGUUCAACGGUCUACUCCUGAAAGGAGCUGAUCUAAUCGAUGAAAUAAAGACAAAACUAGAGGAACAGUGUCCCCAAACAGUUUCAUGUGCUGACACACUGGCAUUUGCAACCAACGAGGCAAUGACACUGGCUGGUUUGCCACCUCGAAAACCCCUUGGUGGUCGAAGAGAUGGAUUGGAUUCACGUGCAACCGUUGCUGAAGACAACAACCUCCCUUUGCCAAACUGGUCCAUGGAUCAAAUGUUAGAACUCUUCAAUAAAAAAGGGUUCAAUGCAGAAGAAAUGGUUGUCCUACUUGGUGCACAUUCGGUUGGUUAUGCUCAUUGUGAUGUGUUUGUGGAAAGGUUGAACAACUUUCAGAAGAGUGGGAAACCAGACCCUGAACUUCCUGGUCCAGUGAUUAAUGAACUAAAAGGGGAAUGCAAGGACCCAGGGACUCCUCAGUAUAGAAACCCCCCUGUGAGUUUUGAUGAGACACCAACUCUGCUUGAUAACCUCUUCUUCAAGAACUUGGUGGAGAGAAAGAAGUCUUUGCUCAUUACGGAUUCUCAUUUGAUCGCUGAUCUUAGGACUACCCCUAUUGUGCAACAGAUGGCAGCUGAUGCUGAAUUGUUUAGAAAGAGGUUUGCUGAGGUCAUGGUUAAGCUUAGUUCUCUUAAUGUGCUCACUGGGAAUGAUGGAGAAGUUAGGAAGAUUUGUAGGUCCUCUAAUUGA